CUUUUGACACUUUUGGCAAGCUUUCAAGAGAGCCUAUCCCUAAAAGCCAGGGAACCAAACAACCCCUAAAUGUAGCUUUACCCUUAUUCUUUCCACACCUUCUUGUCUUGUGAUGCAACACACACCUCAUUUUCCAAGAUUGGUCCUUUUUUAAUUGACCAUAUUACCCUUCAUGAUUCAAUCCAAGAAGAUUAGUAGGUGAUCCCAUACUUACCCUCUAAAACAACCCCAAGAAUUUUCCCCUCCACUUUUGCUUAUUAGAGGUGAGUGAUACUGUGUCCAUCUUUGUUUGCUCGCUCUUAGGUAGGAAACAAUGGAGGGCAUGGAGUUGAAAGGGAGUUUGCAUCGAAUCCGGGAGUGCGCGUUCGAGUUCUUUUCGAUGGAGGAUGAUCUUGAUGUUGGCGGUGAUGAUGAUGAUGGUGAGGAUGGGGAUUAUUGGGAGAUGCUGGGGAGAGAUUUUAGUCUGAAAUCCACCUUCCUGUAUUGCGAUCUCAAUCGAAUCAUCAAGAGUUCUUGUGAUGGUGAUCACAAGGAUGCUCUCGUAGGUCUUACCAAUGGAUUGUUCUUCUGCAUGGAAGAGUUGGGUCAUGCCGUAAAGAGGAGGAGCAUUUCUCUGACUCAAUUUCAUUACAACCAAGCUAAGCUCUUGCUGGAAGAAGUCAUGGCUGCUCUUGUUCAUCCUUCACUGAAUUAGAGAGAGGAAGAGAAAGGAGAAUAUAAUGAGUUUAUGUGACUUGUUGAUAUCUUUUCCUCCUCUAUUGAAAGAGUGAAGAAAAGUCGUUUUUAUAAUACUUGCAUGUUAAAGAGAAGAAUGUAAAUAACAAGUUGUGUACGUUUUUACAUUGAGGUACAGAAAAUAUGUGAAGUUUGGCAGCCACAUGCACUUU